AUGACACAUUUGUUAUAUGGAGCCACGGCAAAGAAACUCACAUCCUUCCUCGCUUUUCUCAACGCCCAACACCCAAACAUUAAGUUCACAAUAGAGGUAGAACAGGAGAACCAAAUUCCCUUCCUAGACGUGUUGGUUCGAAGAAACAGAGAUGAUACUUUAGGCCAUCGGGUUUACCGAAAACCAACCCACAUUGACCGGUAUUUACACGCAACCUCCCAUCACUAUCCGUCACAAAAGAAUUCAGUUAUCAGUUCAUUGGUAUACAGAGCCCUCACAGUUUCUGAACCAACGUUUCUGGAUAAGAAGUUACAACAUCUUAAUCAAACCUUGACUAAGAAUGGGUAUAACAACAAGAACAUUGAUCAGAUAACUAAAAGAUUGUAA